AUGUCAAAGAGAGCAUUCCUUAAAGGAUGCCCUGCCAGAGAUGUGUGCUCUAGACGCAUCAACUUUUGCUGCAAGAAACCAUGUAGAUGGAGAGUUUUGAUACAAUACAAAAGGAGGAGGAUAGAUGCCCAAUCAAGCAGCAAACCACAUGAUCCCCGUUCAAUCAAGCACAAGAAGCCUUUGAAAGCUCUUUUGAAGGCAAUGAAGAUAAAGAUUGCCAGAAACUUCAAGGAAGUACAGCCAGAAGAACUUGAUAUUUGUGUGCAAGGGAAUACAAACUUGAAGGGUCGCACAUUCUAUUUUCUGGAUUCUUUCUAUGAUGAGAACAUCUCAUAUCACAAGAACAUAAAAAAGAAGAUUAUCUCAAGCUUUACAUGCACUUGGUACGAAACUCAGCUCCCGCCAAUGGAAUCCAAUGCAUUCCCUGCGGUUUACCCUAAAGUCCCUCAGCAAGAUAACGAUUCUGAUUGUGGCAUUUUCACUUUGAAACUAAUGGGAUGGUACCCAAGGAACCCGGCCCCUAUAGUUUUUUCACCAAAAGACGUCCCGGAUGCAAGGACCAGAUAUGCUGUUGAUCUCAUGUAUAGCCCCUACAACACUUUGUAUGAAGAGAAGAAGAGCGUCAAGGAGUUCCGCCUAUAG